AUGUGGGUACGUUCCAAAGUCAACGUCAUGAACAGCACCACCCUCACCCUCACAAUCAAAGCCGUCACCCUCAUCUUCGCCCUAGCCUCCCUCUCCACCGGCCUCCAAGCCAUCACCUCCCCCAUCACCUUCGCAACAACCUUUGGCAUUCCCCUACCACCGUCGCCCAAGCACGAGAACCCCGCAACAACAACCUCAUACAUAUCCCUCCUAGGCGCCCGCCAACUCGCAACAGGCAUCACGCUUCUCGUAUUCGCGUACCAGGGAAAGUGGGUUGAGACCGCGACCAUUCUGAGUAUCAUCGGGGUGGUGGUAGCGGGUAUGGAUGGCUACCACAUCGCGCGGAGGGGCUCGUCAGGAGGCGGGUUAUUUCAUGCGGUGCCUGGGGCGCUCAUCGCCGGGCUGGCUGCUGCGGUGUUGUAUGUGGGUGUGUAG